AUUCUGCGUGGAUGUGGAAAAGGAAAGAAAACAAACAUUGGCGAUUUGAUUUAUGUGUUGCUUUUCUGGUAAUUCAGGCUUUCUUUAAAAUUUAAAACAUUCUUUCGGCUUAAGAUGGUGAGGGCUGAAGCUUUCUGGUUAAAGACCCUCUUAUUGUCCUCUCCUUACCUACAAAUUUAAGUGAAAGGGUGAAAGUAACAGGUGGCAGAACCGGUUAACAACAAUAAUAAUGCUCUGUUCUCUUAACUGCAAUAGCCCGGCGGUGUAGCAAAAAUCCAAAGUGAAUUGAAAUAGGUAAAAUCCCAAAGGAGCAAAGUAUAGAAUAAGAAAUCACUACGGUGACGCAAGCAAAAACAGCUCAAGGCAGGGUAAUCUAUGAUCAGAAGAAUCUAUUUCAUUUGAUCUCAGGUUGGCUGCCUAGGAUUGGCUGGAGCAAGGAUCUUAGGCCAACUUUUCUAAGAAAACAGGAAACUCAAAGAUGACAUGGUCUGAACAAACAUUAUCGGUGGUGCCAGCCAAGAAAUCUUAAAUUUAUACUGAUCCUGUGAGGGGGUGAAAAAUCACCAAGGCCUUUGCAUUUUCCUGAGUUCAUUGAACUGACACAGCGAUUUUCUGAAUUUUCAAGAAUUCUUUGUGAUACUUGAGCGGCACAGAGGGGUCAUUGGAGGUGAUUUGUCUCUGGAAAAAUUGAAGCACAUCGCUUGGUUCAAGAUGCGAUUGGCAGAACCACGAUGAUCUAAGUACAUUUCCAGGGGCUCUUUCCUACAAAGACCAAGAUCCGGAUCCAUCAUGUCUUUUCCUUACAAUGAUAUCAUUGAAAAUCCUGACUAUCCUGAUUAUCACUAUUCUGAAACAUUGGAAAUUGACAAAUUAAGAUCUUCUCAAAGGAGUACUCACAAUUCAGACAAUCCUUAUGCCCCCUUUGGGAAUGACAACAAAGAAGGAGAACCAGUUCUAAUACCUCUGAAGUUAGUACAGAGUCAAGAUGAGGCCGAAUAUCCACUCAGAGAUUAUGGGUUUGAGUUGCCCAGUACAAACACACAUGAAAAAUCAUAUGUUAAUCCUUCCUUUGAAUAUGAACCAGAAUAUGAAGGGAUAUUACCUACUACCAGCCAUGCUUUCAAUAUUCAGGAUGCAGACAGUUAUUCAGAUACAUCAGAGAGAGUUAAUAUUGUCCAGAGGCGUAGCAGGCGACCCAAUUAUGAGACUUUUGCAAGGCCCAACUUGCUUCGUUUAGAUCCAGAAUAUAUAGAAGCAAAGAGAAAAGAAGAAGAAAAAUUAAUCAACGAUCUGUCAAGCAUGUCCACACAUGAAAGAGUCAAAGCAAUCCAGAAGAUUCCCAAAUCAAUGAAAGAAAAACGUGAGAUCAGGAACCGUGUUCUAACGGAAAGAAAAAAGAAGUCCUACAAUCAGGAUGCUCAACUUAAUUGUUGUACCCAAUGCUUCUACAACACAGCUUUGUUCUUCCGGCAGUUAAAGAAUAGUUUUGUCGACUGCCUUCAGCUCUUCCAAUUUUGGCAGAAGACACUCAAAGACAUUGGCAGUCAAUUUGGGACCAGCAUCCAUUCCUACUUUGUGUUCCUGACGUGGCUUCUCAUGUUCAACAUUUUCUCAUUCCUGAUCAACUUCAGUUUUCUUGCAAUUCCUCAACUCAUUGCAGCCCAACCGAAUCACCUUUCCUUCAAGAGUCUGGAAUUUUUGACCGGAGCUGGUUACUUUACAAACACGGUGCUCUACAAUGGCUUUUAUACCAACGGUACAAUAGCAAACAUUGAGAAUGCCUCGCCGUAUUACAUGCAGCUGGCUUACAUUUUCACAGUUGGGAUUUAUUUUAUCAUCUGCUUUCUGAGCUUGAUCUACAGUAUGGCGAAAUCCUUCCGUAACCACAUCGUUAUGCCUCAGAUGCACGCGGGAAACGCCGCCAAGCUCCUUUGCGUCUGGGACUUCAAUGUGAUGGAUGAGAAAGCUGUGCAGAUGAAUCGGAAAAAUAUCAGCACUCAGAUCAAGGAGACCCUUUCUGAAAUGCAUGCCGAAUCUCUGAAGCUUUCCCCGCAGCAAAGGAUUCUUCGCCUCUCGAUUCAUCUGGCCAUGUGGUUUCUCUCGUUGGGCUUUGCGGUGGCUUCGUGUGCUGGCAUUUACUUCUUUUCCCUCGUCAAUUUAGAGUUAUUUCUGAAUGAGGAAAAUACACAGCUGGAAAACGAAGCCACCAUGCUAAUCUUGCCUAUCGUGGUGAGCCUCCUUAACCACGUGAUGCCGUUCCUGUACUCCUUCUCCAGCUUGGUUGAAAAGUUCACCUAUCCCAGGCACCAGAUCUACACUGCUAUUAUCAGGAAUGUCAUCCUGAAAAUCUCGAUCAUUGGAAUCCUCUGCUAUUACUGGCUCAACAUAGUAGCGCUAUCGAAAGUGGAGUGCUGGGAAACCUUCAUUGGCCAAGAUAUAUACCGGCUGCUUAUAGUAGACUUUGUCUGCUGCCUCCUCGGUUCAUUCUUUGGUGAAUUUCUACUACGACUUAUUGGCACAAAAUGCUGUAAAAAACUUGGAGUGCCGGAAUUCGACAUUGCGCGAAAUGUUUUGGAUUUGAUCUACGCUCAGACUUUGACAUGGAUUGGAAUCUUCUUCGCCCCUCUGCUUCCUGCCAUCCAGAUGAUAACGUUUUUCAUAAUAAUUUGUGUGAAAAAGAUCAGCCUGCUGCAGAACUGCCAGCCUCCCCGAAAAGCUUGGCGAGGGUCCCAGAUGAACACCAUUUUUGUCUUCCUGCUCUUUUUCCCAUCUUUCACCGGAGUCCUCUCGGUUGUGGCCGUCACUGUCUGGAGACGGAAGCCUUCAGAAGUAUGUGGCCCUUUCCGUGGUCUAAGAGUUCCCUUUGAAGCUAUCUCUGGCUGGAUUUCAGACUUGACUUCUUCCCCGAGCUCAGGAUGGGUAGUGUGGAUCUAUCGCAACUUAAUCGAGAGCACCCAUUUCUUCUUCAUCCUUUCAAUCAUUGUGCUGAUGUUCAUAUACUUUUUCUUGCAAAUCAUCAAUGGACGAAAAACAAUGGUUAAACUGCUACAAGAGCAAAUUGCUAAUGCAGGCAAGGACAAAAUGUUUCUACUGAAGAAAUUACGUGCGCUUCAAGCUCCUAAGUUGCCCUCUUUGAGAAGGAAGCCGGAGAGGGACUUUUCUCUGAACCAGCUGCCCAUGGAGCAAAACUCUGUUUUGCUGCCCAGCUGCGUGGAGCCCUUUUUAUGGACCGAAGAUAGAGAGUCUUCUACUGAGUUUGCUAGACACCCUGCGAUGGCCACCUUUAAUCCUGAGGCUGGCGAAAUAACACGGAGUGCUGGAGUAUCUGACGCCCUGGUUUUGGCUUUGAGAGCCAGACAAGAGGCUGAAUGGGAAAUGGAAGAUGAAGAAAGUUUGAAGUGGAAGUGAAGAAUGAAGUAAUACACACGUCCCACCAAGCACUUUUUAUCUAGAAUUUUGCUAUUUGCACAAAUAAGGUAUUUGUAGGAACCGACAGAACUCUUAUAAAAAUGAGAAAUUUUUAAUAAAAUUACUGGGCACUUUUAU